UGCUUUGGUGCUAUUCAGUGCGCUAUAAAAAGCCUCUCGUGCCACAGAUUUUUGUACCAUUUUAUGUAUACUCGAGGAAUUCAGAAUGAAGACUUUGCUGAUUAUUGUAGGUGUGUUGGCGGCUAUCAUAGCGAUGUCUUACGGUUUUGACGCAAACAUGGCGCGAAAAUUCCAUGAAGACUUUUUGAAGUGCAACAAGCAACUGGGCAAGUCGCCACCUGAGGCUAAUGUCGACACGGUCUUGUGCGCGGUAGAUAUGUAUGGGUUGCGUAACGAGAAAGGCGAGUUCAGAAAGGAGGCAGUUUUACAAGCAUAUGUGGACUUAAUUUCAGACGACGACAAAAGAAAAUUGGCGAAAAUAAUCUGUCACAAGUGUUAUGAUUACGUAACUAAAAGUGGCGCCACUGGUGACGAACAAGGACGGAAAAUUACCAAUUGCUGUAUUCCAACUAUGUAUCUCCUUGACGAAGUCGAAUAAACCGAAGUGGAAUAAAGCGUAAACCGGACCCUUUUUCAAGUUGACCGUAUAAAAUUCUGUUGAUUCAUAGAAUCAUCUCUAAUUACUUCAAUGAUGCAUUGUAAAUAAACAACAGCUAAUUGGUGGGAAGGGAAAAAUUGUCGAAAUAAAUGAAGUCAAAAUAGACAAAAA